GUUUAGAAUUGCUAUGAACGCCAUUCAGCUCUGUCCGUCAGCGAAAGAGGAACAGACGGGAACGGUGUUUCUAUCUCUUUCUGUCUCGGGUUUCGCUCAUUGCCUUCCUUCCGUGCAGCCAGCCAGUCGCACUAGGCCAGCCUCUGGCCUCGGACAUACACACCCCCGGCCGGUGCUUGUUUCGGUACUGUACAGCAGCUACACCGCCCUGACUUGGAAUGGCGUGUGUUCGCGGAUGUCAUAUCAUCUUGUCUGCACGUUUUGCUGUGUUUGUUGUGACUGGUGUGUGGUAAUGUCCUACAUACAUCGAAGAGGUUACAUUUGAAGAUACUUGACAUCGGACUGUGCUUAUGACACUGGGGUUAUGAGAGUGAAGCGUCCGGAGGUUAAUUCAUGCUAUACAUACACGUCAAUACGAGUUCGCCAUUAACACUAUGAUCAGCAUCAGUCGCUCCAUCGUGCAGAAAUAAUUCAUAGAGAUUAUAAGCUAGAAACUCUGUCAGAUUUGAAAUACGAAAUUAGACUAUAGCGUACUCUUUUUCCCUCUCAUGAAUAUAAUUAAACAACGGUUAUGCGCAUCUGUGUAAGAAGUACGAGUAUUAUCGAUGCUACGCCGUUCUUCUGAUUAUUCUGCCUGCUUCUUCAGCAGCGAGUUCUAAUAAUUACCUCUUAUAUUAAUAAAAUCAAAAUAACACUUUUAUUAUAAUUAUAAUAAAUUCUGUAGUGCCCUAUGAUGGGAUCUUUCAUUAACACUUACUUGUCAAAACAAUUAAAUAAAUUGUAAUUAUCUAUAUGUAUUGUAAUAUUACACUCUUCUCUUAGGCCUAACUUUUCUCUUCUUAACCUUUUGAAGACAUAUUUAUCACAGAACAGAUGCGUUAAAUGAAACGAAAAUAAAGUAACCAGAGUACAAUUGUAACACCAACCUUUCGUCUACAGCGUUCUCGUGGUGUCUUCAUUCUGUAUUUUCUUCCUUCAAGUACGAAUGGUGGGAAGAGCAUGUUACAUCUCAAGACAUACAGCAUAUCAUACAAGUAGAGUCCUAAUUGUAAUGUUUGUUAUGCCAUUCGCGAAGCUUGGCUUCUUAUGUAACUGUUGACAGAUGGAAACUUCAUCACAUUGAAUGAUCAGCGACUCAGUUACCUUAAUUGACAAGCUUAGCCCAAGAAUUCUCUUUGGAAAUUCUUAGUUACUUAUGCCGAACAGAGAAAUCACAGUUCUCGCAUUGUUAUCAUUUCGAUUUGCUUUAUUCCAAAGGAGAAGAUAGAUUAUUUGCGACAUAUAAACAAUUCCCCAAGAAGAGCCAUAGUAUUAUCCUUCGUGCUUCCAUCUUGUUUAUGAAAAUUGUCAUGUCUUAGGAAUGUAGAGCAAUAUUUGUUGAGAGCAGGAAAGAAGGAAACUUAUUAGCUUCUAUUGUUUACCUCAGAAAGAGAGUAAAAGAAGCAGAAAACUAUCACGAAACUAAGAAGCAAGAAGAGUAAAACAGAAGACGAAGAAGGAGUCAGUCACACGCAAAAUAAAGUAGUUGAUCAAGGAACGCUGAAGAACACGGCUCCAACACGGUUUUCACUUUCCCAUUUUCAUUCAACUCGUUACGUCGUCUUCGGCGGACAGAUGGCGUCUGUCAUACGAAAUUUACAUCCUUGCCAGCAGCCAAGGUGGAUCUCACUUCCGGUUCGACUGUAACAACAACUCUGUACACCCUGGAGGGUUAUUCGCGACAUCACCACCAUCACCACGGCCAUCUGCAGCAGCAAGCCCAGCAGCAGCAUGGCCCCCAUCAUAGUGUGACGUCGUAUCAUCACCAUCACCACCAUAAUCACCACCACCAAGGGAGAGUUCACCACUCCAUGGCUGCAGGCGUCUUGCAGCAGUCACACCACCAGCAUGCAGCGACAGCUAUGGCCCUCACGCCCCUUAACGCAAAUGGGGAGCCCAUUAAACUACCUGAGAACCUGGAGAGCCUUCCCAAGGCGGAUCAUUUCCCCACACAACGACAUCGCUGGAACACCAAUGAGGAGAUCGCUGCUAUCCUCAUCAGCUUUGAGAGGCACAAUGAGUGGCAGUCCAAGGAGGUUAAGAUCAGGCCGAAGAGCGGCUCCAUGUUGUUAUACAGCCGCAAGAAGGUGAGAUACCGUCGGGAUGGGUACUGCUGGAAGAAGCGGAAAGACGGCAAGACGACGCGAGAAGACCACAUGAAGCUGAAGGUGCAGGGAACCGAGUGUAUAUACGGGUGUUACGUCCACUCUGCGAUAUUGCCAACAUUUCAUCGGAGAUGCUAUUGGCUACUUCAGAACCCUGAUAUAGUGUUGGUGCACUACCUCAAUGUGCCAUAUCCAGAUGACAACAAGCUGGCAGUAAUCACACCAAGCCUGGCUCUUUGGGGUGACAAGAAAGAGUGGACCAAGGAAGAACUGGUAUCACAACUCAAGCCCAUGUUUUUUAGUGAAGAUGAGCCAGACCUCAACAAUGAGCUGGAAAUAUCGACAGCAGAGACAGUGGAAGCGAUAGUGACUCAGCUCAUGGAAAAACAGCGUCUGGCUCGAGCAGCAGCACUCACCAAGCAGCUUGAAUGUGGUUGUCCAGAUUCAACAUGUGCUGACGGAAAGACGUGUUCCCAUCCAAUGCGACGGAUAACAGCAGCCAAGGCUGGGAGUGCCACCAACCUUACAUCCAGUUCCAAUACCCGACAGGCUGUUGUUAGUAUGUCUGCCCUCAACACUGAGAACAACAACCAGGUUUCUUCCACAACUGGCUCAGGAAGCAUGAUCCUCACCGCUGCUUCUAGCAAUGCAAGCAGUUCGACACGUCUCCAUUCCCGAGAUGGGAUCUCCUUACUCUCCCAUCAUUCCCAUCAGCAGCAGCAACAACAACAGCAUUCCCAUCAUCAUAGUAGCAAUCAUAGUUCAUCUAAUAGCAGUUCUGUCAACGCAACCACUACGUCAACUCCUCCACUUGUUCUCAGUUUAUCCCAGAUCCAGGGUGGUGGAGGCCUGCUUAUCCUCAAUAGUUCCACCGGGGGCAAUUCAACCAACCCAACACAUCAAUCCUUAGUUUCUCCUGUUGCUGUCACCUCCUUUGUCUGCAGCACCGGUUCAACACAUCACCAUCGGAAUCAUCAGCAUCAUCAAAAUCAGCAACAUGCAAAAGACUUACCAAAAUCCACAUCACCAGCAGCAGUAGUCUUGAAGCAGGAAGCCAUGGAAACAAGCUCAUCACCAUCUUGUUGUCACCAGGCCUCAGGAUCUGAAAACAACACCAGUAGUACUGUGCUGAACCUUAACAACAACAAUAACAACAACAAUAUUAAUAUCAAUAGUAGUAACAAAAUGGAUGUCACAAAUGGGAAUGUUUCAUCAGGGUUUGACAGUAGUGGUGUGACAUACUUAAGUAGUAGUCGAGACAAGAACAUUCUGAGAUCAGCAACACCAAAGCAACAGCAUGUAACAUUAUCAACAAAUUCAACUUCCUCCAUGAACAGUGCUCCACCCACCCCAGCCAAACACAUGGACACAAGUGGAGAAGACCUGAUGGAUAUCAAACCAACAUACCAUGGCAGUGAUACUGUUCUAGUUAUUAGUUCAAGCUCAAAUUCUUGCAUUAAAAACACAGAUACUGUUUCAUUGGUUGGUGGUUUCUUUAAUGAAACUUUAGACCUGUCCCAAGAAGAUAUCCAAAGAACAUUAUCUGCCAACAUGCCUCUGUCAUGUUCUGCAGAAUUGAACCAGCACUGCCACAGUGGUGGCAGUAUGGUUACAAGUGCUCAUCAUAUUAUUGCGUCCAAAUCUAUGGCUCCUUCCAGUGGAGAUGAGAUGUCCCCUGAUGAUGUCAUAGUCCCAGAAAUCAACCCAAUGGAUUUCAUUGACAGCUGUGAUGUAGUUGUAUCACCAACACAGGUGGAUGACGAUGUGUUUGUCAAUCUAGAUGCAUUUGACAUGCUGGGAGACUUUCCAGAGCUGGAGAUUCUCGAAUCUUCAGCAGAAAGCAAUACAGCAGGAGCUAACAAAUCUGGCACCACAGGAAUGGACCAUAGUACUCCUGAACCUCCUUCAACUCAAGGAAGAAAGUCUGUUACAACCACAUCUUCUGUGGAUAAGGGGAAUGAACAAGCAUCACCAAGAAUGGAUUAUCGAGAAGGCACAGCAAACAUUACUGACUACUCACCAGAGUGGGCCUAUCCUGAGGGUGGAGUGAAAGUACUUGUGACUGGACCAUGGUAUUCAACUACUUCUCCAUAUACAGUGCUGUUUGACACAUUCCCUGUUCCAACAACAUUGGUGCAAAGUGGGGUGCUCAGGUGUUACUGCCCAGCCCAUGAAGUUGGCUUGGCUACACUUCAAGUUGCUUGUGAGGGUUUUGUCAUUUCCAAUUCUGUGAUAUUUGAAUACAAGGAACCAGCAAGGGAAGAUCAGGCCUCUGCCUGUGAGCCUAAGCUUGAGCGAAGUAGCAGUGACAAUCUUCUGAAAUUUACUCUUCUGCAGCGAUUAGAGGCAAUUGAUGACCGCCUGCAGAUAAAGCAGGAACCUGAUGGCUCAGAAUUAGUAGAAGGUUCUGCAUUGUUCAGUCAAAGUAACUUUGAAGAUCGACUAGUGAGUUACUGCCAAGAGAUGACUAGCAGACCAUGGAGGUCAGGGGAAGAAGUAAAUCCGUCAUGGUUUUCAAGCCACAGAGGAAUGACACUUCUUCAUUUGGCUGCUUCUCUGGGAUAUUCACGGUUGGUGUGUGCCAUGCUCCACUGGCGUGCUGAGAACUCUUCUCUUUUAUUGGAGACUGAGGUUGAUGCUCUCAGUCAGGAUGAAGAUGGGUACACACCACUGAUGUGGGCAUGUGCCAGAGGUCACCAGGAAACAGCCAUUCUUCUGUACAGGUGGAAUCACACAGCCCUGAAUGUGCGUAACUUGUCUGCACAGACAGCUACAGACUGUGCACGUUCCAAUAAGCAUGAGGAUCUUGCACAGGAAAUGGAGAAACUGGAAGCUGCACGAGAAAAAAAUAACAUGACACUCCUUGGUUCCUCCACAAAUUCAUCAGCAAACUGUAGGUCACUGGGGUCUCCAACAUCCACUUCUGUAAGGACAAAGGUGUCAUCUGCCUCUCCAGCAUUCCUAGGUACAGACAAUAUAAUGUUGCUUGGUCCAUCUUCAUCUCCAGAUAUGUCAACUUUAUCUCCAGCUGGUUCAGUUGUAUCUUUGGCUUCUGUUGCAUCUGCAGCACAUUCACAUGAUGGCGUUUUCCUCCGGCCAGGUGCUGUUACAAGAAAUGAGUCACAGAAGUACAAAGUUGUGAGUCUGGAGCUGCAUGUGAACAUUCCACAGUCAGGUGAAGCAAGCAAUGCUGGGAGCAACCACAGUUCCUUGUCCAGUCCUGUUAGUUCAAUACAAGGGGUGAUGGAUUCAAAUAAUGUGACAGUGCGGCUGCAGAACAGUAGCAGUACAUCAGUACCUCAGCUGCAGCAGCAUCAGCCUCAGCAUCAGCGUCUGACCAAGCGGCCAUCAGUGGACAGUGGGAUACAUCUUGGUUCUGUACAGUCCUCAGACAGCCUGCCAUCAUUAAGAUCUCGAGCAAACAAGUUGGGAAGUGGAAGGGAAACCCCCAAACUAUCACGCUUCGACCGCAGCAUGUCCCUACCACUUAAUUCACCCAUGUCUGGCGUUGAAAGUUCAUAUGACAGUGGAAUUUCUGAGGGCCGUGAUGUGAUGAGAAAUUCUCCAGUCAGAAGAAUGGAUUUUGCACUUUGCGAAGUGGCAACGGGGCCCAGAAGUGAGAGCCCCAUCAUUGACGUCGAGGCUGUCUCGGACGAAGAGUCGGAGGCUAAACAGAGCAUUGUAGGGGAGCAAGAAGUUCGAGUACUGACAUUGGCUGAACAGAUAAUUGCAGCUAUGCCAGAAAGGAUAAAGAAUGAAAGUGAAGAUAUGAUGCUGGGACAUGACUGCAGUCCAUCACAGCCAGAAUCCCUGACAACAGCCAGUGACUCUCUUAGUGAAGUGUUUAUGGAACCAUUGCUUAUGGAUGAACCAUCAUCAUCUUUUGAACCUGUGGAGUUUAACUUUGAAUUCAGUGAUCACAACUACAGAUAUUAUGAUGUUGGUACUCCUAGUUCAUCUCUGAGCCCAGCAUCAUCCAGUUGCCUUCAGUCUCCCUGCUCAUUUACUCUAGAUUCUCCGUCACCUCCACCCACCACUGCUGAUUUCUGUGAGUUCUUCCAAGCCUCUAGCAGUCUGUUUGAGAAGGACUUCUCAAACCUCACCUUAUCUGAUCGUGAACAGAGAGAAUUGUAUGAAGCAGCUAAAAUUAUCCAGAAGGCAUACCGAUCAUAUAAGGGUCGCAAGAAGCUGGAGGAACAGGACAAGGAACGUGCGGCAGCUGUACUUAUACAGAAUUACUAUCGCCGCUAUAAACAGUAUGCUUACUUCAAGCAAAUGACCCGUGCAGCGAUGGUAAUACAAAAUGGUUUCCGUUCAUACUGCGAACACAAGCGGUUCAAGAAGAGCCAAGAGGCAGCUGUGUGCAUUCAGAACUACUACCGCAAUUACAGGGAGCAGGGGGGGAGAGGAGGGAGCCGUGAGGGAACACCUAACAAUGCUGUGCAGGCUAAUACUAACAGCACUGGUAGCACGAGUAGUAGCGGUCUCAAGCGAACUUAUUCACAGAGGCGACAACAUCAGGCAGCCAGGAAAAUACAGCAGUUUAUGCGACAGUCUAAAAAUAAAUUACAGAAAGAGCGAGCUUUGGCAGCCGAAAAAGAGAAGCAGGAGGACCGGUCAGUGGAUGCCCUCCAAAGGUCGCUCUGUCCAGACAACAAUUUGGCUUACUCCAGCACCGACCCAAAUAAUGGUGGGAAUAGUAACAGGCACAAAGACAGCCUUGGAAUGGAUACAUCAGAUGAAACCUGAUUCUCAGUUUGACCGAACAGAUAAAAGAAUUUGCAUGUAAGAUUAAAAAACUGUGGGUAGUUACCUCACCUACAGUGUUUCUGUGUCCAUCCUGUUGCAGAAUAAUAAAUGAAGUAGUUAAGGACAAGGGAACUUUAAAAUAUCCAUAAAAAUAAAUGUAAUUCUUAUGAUAAGACAUCAUAUUGAACAUGAACUGUCACAAGAGUGAGUUCACAUAGUUUAAGCAAUCAUAUCAAGCCAUUCCUUUAGAAAAGAUAAGAACAGUACUUUCUGCUUCAAGGAACAAUAUGCUUUAUGGUGUGUUUAUAUUGAAAUAAACCUGCAAUUUAAAUUGUUGCAUCCUCAUAAUCUGUAAAUGCUAUAAUCAUCUAUUAACAUUGGUGUUAUGGGUAACAAAGGCAAGUGUAAACCAUACCUUUCAGUGACAGAAAUGGUUACCGUGAUUGGUAUUAUUAAUAAAGCCACACAGUUGUCUAUUAGAAGUGCAUGUAGCCAACUCUGGGGCAUUGAAACAUUUAAAAAGCAGGAGUUAGAAUGACACAUUCUUUUAAAUAAAGUGUGGCCUUGAGAAUCUGCGUCCAUGACUAGGUUGCCAUUGUAGCUGAGGGUUUCUUUGUCACAACAGAAACAAGAGAAAUAAGAAACUUUUCUUCUUCUGGAAGUAGUAGGUAAAUUAUCUCUCUUCUUAUAUACAUAUUGUUCAUAAGAUUCUAUGUUAUACCAUGGAUAUGAUGGGGGGGGAUAAGAAAAUAUUUUCUACUGCUCCUACUACUAUUACUACUACUACUACUACUACUACUACUACUACUACUAUGAGGAAAAUGAUUGAUUUAAUAGAUACAAGAAGAGGUUUGGAACCCUGAGAUGAUAUUCAUGGCCAGGUGUACAAGAAGAAAUAAAGUGUAGAGUUAUACAGUUGAAUUUGUAGUAUGCAGUAUUUGAUCUGGAAUCAGAAAAUAAUUGGUAACUAAAAGUACUUCUGUACCAUGACAGAUUGUAUGAUAACAGUAGUUUGACAAAGAAAUGUAUGAUUGAAGCUGUCUCCACUGUUACUGAUGAGAGAUGGGAAUUAAUUAUGGUCAGGGCAUAUAUUUGUUUCUCCUUUUCACAUAAGUAAUCUAUUUAUUAACAGACAGAUUGCAAAUAAUCAGAGAGAGUAAUUAUUUUCUUUGGCUCUCUCAUAUAUGCAAGCUUGUCUUCUGAUAUCAAUAUAGAAUGUUUUAGAGGAUGGUGAGCAGAGAUUGAUGAUUGUCUUAGUUUAUUCAUUGGUGCAUCAAGGGGGCAGGCCCCCAUAUAUCUGUAAAUAUUAUAUUUAAUGAGGAAAAGGGAGAAAUCUUUGUUUUCAUGCUGGUUUUAUAUUCAAAAUAUUACAUACCAUUUAAAUUUGUUUUAAAUAUUAAGUAGCUAUAUUUAAUUCAUAGUUAGAUAUGACAAGAUAUUAUAGAUUUAGUAUAAAGUGGCUUUCAGUUAAUGAUUAUGUAUGAAGAUGACUUUGUUCUACCUGAAGCAUCAGGACAACAAUUUGCAGGAUCAGACAGUGUGUAAAUGAACUCUUUGCAGGAAUUUACAAAGUGAGAUACUGAAGCUGUGAUGUAGACUACCAUUUUAUGUGUUAAAAUGUGAGAAAUGAAUAUGAAAUUGGUGCUGUAUGUACAUCUGUAUAUCAGAUGGCACCACACACUGGAUAUAUUUAAAUUAGAAUUAUGUACUUAAAGUCUGUCUUAUGACAGUUUUUCUCUUAAGGAUUUGUUCCUUCUUCUUUAUUACAACUGUCACAACACGACUAUAUCAAUGUCAGUGCCUAG